GUUGCUCACGAAUAACGUUGCCGUCACCGCCACAAUUUUUCUAUAUAAUGUAUAGAUUCCAAGAAACUUGAAUGAACGCUCUUUCUUUGCAACUGCUUUCUCCCCAUUCAAUAACAAAGCUAAGAACCAUGUCAAGCGUAGACAAUUCACGUAUUGCGUAUGGCAAAUUUAUCAUUGAAAUUACUAGAGCACAGAUGCGAUGGCGCAUGGCCUUUAGAGCUCUCCAUUUUGUCCGAAUCAUGCUGUCGCUUCCCAAACAGAUAAUCCUAGCCGAGUCAAACAAAUACAAUAGCCUUUCGGAGGCCUUGCUCUCUCAAUCGUACCCCGACAUAGUAGCGGAACCAAACACUAGUUCACAACACCAUGAACACAUUAAGACUUUCGGUGACGACAAAAUUUUUGUCCCCGAAGUUGACCACCAUGUCCUCACGGAAAUGGUUAAAGAAAAAGACUUGGUAUCCCUCCGCAGCCUCGGCGGAGUCGGAGGAAUCGCUAAAUCCCUCGGUACCAACCCUGAGAACGGAAUCACAGACAACGACCAAGACGUCAAUAAAAAGCGUGACAUGUUCGGCUCAAAUACAUACCACAAGCCACCUCCAAAAGGCUUGUUUUACUUCGUGGUGGACGCUCUGAAGGACACCACAAUUCUGAUCCUCCUAGUCUGCGCUGCUCUCUCUCUUGGGUUCGGCAUCAAAGAGCACGGCGCAAAGGAAGGUUGGUACGAAGGCGGCAGCAUCAUCAUCGCGGUGCUUCUGGUGAUCAUUGGCUCAGCUCUCAGCAACUUCAGACAAGAGACUCAGUUCGACAAGCUCUCGAAAAUAAGCGACGACAUCAAAAUCGACGUCGUAAGAAGCGGAAGGAGGCAAGAGAUCUCCAUCUUCGACAUCGUAGUAGGAGACGUUGUCUUACUCAACAUAGGCGAUCAAAUUCCAGCCGAUGGCCUAUUCUUAAGCGGUCAUUCUCUGCUCGUUGACGAGUCAAGCAUGACCGGAGAAAGUGAUCACAUCGAGAUCGAUUCCAACACGCACCCUUUCUUGUUCUCGGGCUCGAAGGUCGCCGACGGCUACGGGAAGAUGUUGGUGACGUCCGUGGGGAUGAACACGGCAUGGGGGGAGAUGAUGAGCUCAAUAACCCGCGACACGAACGAGAGGACGCCAUUGCAAGCUCGCCUCGAUAAGCUGACGUCUUCAAUUGGGAAGGUAGGCCUUACGGUUGCUUCUCUAGUUCUUGUAGUCAUGUUAGUUCGUUAUUUCACUGGAAACACGACGGACGACAAUGGAAAUAGGGAGUACAACGGUAGUAAAACCAGCGUAGACGAUAUUUUGAACUCAGUGGUGAACAUCGUCGCUGCGGCGGUGACCAUCGUCGUGGUGGCGAUACCGGAAGGAUUGCCCUUGGCCGUGACGCUAACUCUGGCCUAUUCUAUGAAGAGAAUGAUGGCUGACCAUGCUAUGGUGAGGAAACUAUCUGCUUGCGAGACUAUGGGCUCCGCAACUAUAAUUUGCACAGAUAAAACAGGUACUUUAACAUUAAACCAGAUGAAAGUUACUAAAUUUUGUCUCGGUCAAGAACAAAUAGGAGAAGAUUCUUCUAACGAAAUUGCGACGAAUGUUCGUGAAAUGUUCUACCAAGGAGUUGGUUUGAAUACUACUGGAAGUGUUUAUAAGCCUGAUCAGUCCGGUUCUGAACCUGAAUUUUCUGGCAGUCCAACGGAGAAAGCUAUACUUUCCUGGGCUGUUUUGAAUUUAGGUAUGGACACGGAGAAGUUGAAGCGUAAAUACGAGAUUCUACAUGUCGAAACGUUUAAUUCGGAGAAGAAACGAAGUGGGGUUAUGUUGAGAGAAAAUGUUAACAACAACAUUUAUGUUCACUGGAAAGGAGCUGCUGAGAUUUUAGUGGCAAUGUGCUCAAGUUAUUAUGAAAGUAAUGGGAUUAAAAAGUCUCUAGAUGAAGACGUAAGGAAAAGAAUUGGGAAAAUAAUUGAAGGCAUGGCAGCUAGCAGCCUUAGAUGUAUUGCUUUCGUGCAAUGCCAAGUUUCAGAAGAGGAAAUGGAGUACAGUGAUGAAGAAAAGACUCACAAAAAGCUCAAAGAAGAAGGCUUGGCAUUGCUCGGCAUAGUCGGACUCAAAGACCCAUGUCGACCGGGUGUCAUGAAAGCUGUCGAAGCUUGCAAAUCUGCCGGGGUGGCCAUAAAAAUGAUCACCGGAGACAAUGUCUUCACGGCCAAAGCUAUAGCCGUGGAGUGUGGAAUUCUGGAGCACAGAGAUCAAGCCAGCAGCGAUGGGGAAGUUGUCGAAGGUGUCGAAUUCAGAAACUACACAGAAGAAGAGAGAAUGAAGAGGAUUGACAACAUAAAAGUGAUGGCAAGGUCAUCACCCUUUGACAAGCUAUUGAUGGUGCAGUGUCUGAAACAAAAAGGACAUGUUGUCGCGGUCACUGGAGACGGGACCAACGAUGCGCCUGCGCUUAAAGAAGCCGACAUAGGGCUCUCCAUGGGUAUCCAAGGCACCGAGGUGGCAAAAGAGAGCUCCGACAUAGUCAUCUUGGAUGACAACUUCACCUCCGUGGCCACGGUCUUAAGGUGGGGCAGAUGCGUUUACAACAACAUACAAAAGUUCAUCCAAUUUCAACUGACUGUGAACGUCGCAGCACUAGUGAUCAACUUCGUCGCUGCGGUUUCAGCCGGGGAAGUUCCUCUGACGACGGUUCAGCUUCUGUGGGUGAACCUGAUCAUGGACACAUUAGGCGCACUGGCUCUGGCCACAGAGAGGCCUAGUGAUGAGCUAAUGAAGAAGCCGCCUGUUGGGCGGACAGCGCCUUUAAUAACAAAUGUUAUGUGGAGGAAUCUACUAGCUCAAUCGAUGUUCCAAAUAGCAAUACUCUUGAUCUUACAAUUCAAUGGUGAGUCCAUGUUUAAUGUGACUGAGGAGGUAAAUAACACCCUUAUUUUCAACAUUUUUGUGCUUUCCCAAGUCUUCAACGAGUUCAAUGCUAGGAGUACGGAGAAGAAGAAUGUGUUCAAAGGGAUUCAUAGGAAUAGACUGUUCAUGGGAAUUGUGGGGGUAACUCUUGUUCUUCAAGUGAUAAUGGUUGAGUUUUUGAAGAAGUUUGCAGACACAACGAACCUGAACUGGAAGGAGUGGUUGGGAUGUAUUGGUGUGGCGUCUCUGACAUGGCCACUUGGCUGGUUUGUGAAGUCGAUUCCGGUCUCGGACGAGCCACCUCUUCUUGAUUAUCUAAAGAGCUCGGUGUUUAAAUUUACAAGGAUUACCAAGAUCUUUCGGAGAACAGAAAAUUCUACCUCAAGACUUGGACUUAGAUGUGGGAAAUGUUAAGUUGAAAAGGUACUAUUGUCCGUAGAAAAAGGGUAACAAAGGGUAUGUUCUUCAAUUUCUCUCUCGGAUGCAGCGGCAAACGCUCCUAAUAACUUCGAUGGCUCUGCCGGCAGGCUGGAUCAGGAUUUACUCGGAUGCCGAUGUUGGCUCCAUUGACUCAACCCUCGCAGUAGUGGCUUGUGACACAUCGGGGGAUGUUGUCCUCCCCCGAACCGAGAGGUCCUCUGCUACCGAUCCUCUGGUUGCGGAAGCUUUAGCUCUUCGACUUGGUCUUGUCAUGGCUUGUUACUGAGGGUGGGAUGCUAUCGUCUGUGAAAGCGAUCACGCCCUUGCUGUCUCCGGCCUUAAUUCCCCCCUUGACAGGUGUAACCGGAGGCUGAACUUCUUGAAGGAUGAAGUUGACAACCUAUGAAGCAAACUUACUGAUUCCUCGAGACCUUAAUUUUGCAGCCCACAAUAUGGCUGUGGUCGAGAGUAUAAACACUUACCGGACUUUUGAUACAAGUUUGAUCACCAAUGGUGUUCUCUCUGAUGUCUCGGAGUGGCGUCCCCAUCUCUGAGUUCUCUUCUUGUGGGAUGUUGUUCACGGUUUUGCUUAUUGUUCGUCUUCUUUUCUUGUUUUGCCUGUUUGUUCUGGUUCCUGUUAGUGGUGUUAGUUGUAGGCCUUGGCGCCCAUUUACUAUAUGAAUGAAACUCUCAUCUAGCAAAUGCAUACACACACGCGCGCGCGCGUGUGUGUAUCUAUGUAUGUAUGUGCACUUGUAUUAUAUAAGCAUUGACCACUACUAAUUUGGGAAUUUCAGUACUUUUGCUAACAAAAGAGCAAAAAAAAAAAAAAAAAAAAUUUUGCUAUUAGCAAGGGUUGGAAUGAUUUAUUAUUAUGGAUUGAAAUGGAUACGGUAAAAUGUAUUGUCGUU